AUGAUUCCUCGUAGUGCAACUCCAACAAAACUAGACGAAAGAUGUAGGUUGAGUCGAAUGGAUGAUUUACGCAUCUUGCGUAUUCCUUCCCACAUCGGCGCUAACCGUCCGUGGUUGUUCGAAACGGUUUCCAUCUGCUUCUCGCUUCCUUCGUUUCCCAUGUGUCCGUCUGCUGUCCGACGAGCGCCGUUCCCACUCUUCUCCACACAAAUCAUAAAUCCAUCACUAGUCAAUGUGCAAAUGGCGCCUCCUGGCCCAUACAUGGGUUUGGUCGACUUUCUUACUCUAUAUGCUUUCCUUUCUUUGAAUAAGUCUUUUAAGCACAUGCGAACGCUUAGUCUUUGUAAAAAUCAGUUUACUCGACCUGGUGUUCUCCGCGAGCUUACUUUUGUGUCCCUCUGGAUGGCCCGUCUGCUUGAAAUGUACGGCGUAAUGAUAGUUUCCGUUUCAUAA